CCCACUCCCUGUGUGUGAGUGUGACACAGUCAGUCCUCUACCACACCCGGUGCGCCACGCUACGGCCCGCUACACACCCCCCCUCUCUCUCUCUCUCACUCGCUCCUCUCACACACACUCACACACACACUCUCUCUUGACCACUUUAUCGCCGGGAAAUAAAGUGAAAGUGGACGGCAGACUCCGAAAAUGGCGGCGCCGGGCCUGUUUGAUCUGGAGCUACAGGAGGAGGACGCCAUAGAGUGUGACCAAUCCGACGAUGAUGCUAUUGAGGUGGAGGAGAGCCAGUAUGAGCAGGGUCCGGACAUAAAUGCUAUUCUUCAGUCUGAAGGUAUUGAAACCUUGCAACUGUCUGACAGCACUGUGAACCCUGGGACGGAAAAAGUACGCCCCUCAGACUUUCAACUCUUGAAGGUUCUUGGCAAAGGCGGCUAUGGAAAAGUAUUUCAGGUCAGAAAAACGACCGGUGGCAAAGGAGGAGGAAAAAUAUUUGCCAUGAAGGUUUUGAAAAAGGCAACAAUUGUGCGCAAUCAAAAAGACACUGCUCACACCAAGGCAGAGAGAAAUAUCCUCGAGGCCGUCAAGCAUCCAUUUAUUGUGGAUCUCGUGUAUGCCUUUCAAACUGGCGGAAAAUUGUACCUGAUUUUGGAAUACUUGUCUGGCGGAGAGCUCUUCAUGCACCUGGAGAGAGAAGGAAUCUUUAUGGAAGAUACUGCUUGCUUCUACAUAUCUGAGAUAAUCUUGGCCCUUGAGCAUCUUCAUUCUGAAGGAAUCAUCUACAGAGACCUGAAGCCAGAAAAUAUUCUCUUGGAUUCAUAUGGACAUGUCAAACUUACAGAUUUUGGCCUUUGCAAAGAAAAAAUCCAGGAUGACUCUGUAACACACACUUUUUGUGGAACCAUUGAAUACAUGGCACCCGAGAUUCUCACACGCACAGGACAUGGCAAAGCAGUAGACUGGUGGUCCCUGGGAGCUCUUAUGUAUGACAUGCUAACAGGAGCGCCACCAUUCACAGCCGAGAAUCGCAAGAAGACAAUUGAGAAGAUUUUAAAAGGCAAGUUGAACCUUCCACCAUAUUUGACCCCAGACGCACGUGAUCUCAUCCGAAAGUUGCUCAAGCGACAAGUUAGUCAACGGCUUGGCAGCGGACCCGAUAAUGGUGAUCCAAUCAAGAAACAUCUAUUCUUCAAGCAGAUUAACUGGGAGGAUGUAAUACACCGCAAGUUAGAACCGCCAUUUAAACCUGUUUUGAGUGGCGAGGACGAUGUCAGUCAGUUUGACAGCAAGUUUACCAAACAAACACCAGUUGACUCCCCUGAUGACAACAUGCUGAGUGAAAGUGCUAACAUGGUCUUUGAGGGAUUUACUUACGUCGCACCAUCUGUAUUAGAGGAAAUGACACGUCCAAGUGUCGUAAAAGCACGGUCUCCACGCAAACCAUAUACGCCGAACUCCGGUGGCCCAUUCUCCCCCCGAGCCUUGCAGAACCCCUUCAACUUCGCCAACGGUGCUGAUAGCUCAUCAUCAUCAUCUGGUCAUUACGAACAGAUGGACACUAGUAAUUCAAUUCCUUCAGCAACUCACAAUCAACAACAUCAGCAUCAACACAGCCAUCACCAUACUCAUCGUCAACAUCAACAGCAACAACAACAGUCAUCGUGGAACUGGAAGCAUUAACCCCAUGGCAUUUAGGAGAUCAUUCUUGGUAGUUCCCUUCCAUACUGCUUUUAUUUUACCCGUUCAUAGCGUUUUGCUUGAACUGCAUCAGUUUCAUGCAGACACAUCCCUUGCCUCCUGUUCUCAGGUGCUUUUAAGAAGAGUUAAUAUGUUGGAUGUUGAACACCUUCAGUAUAUCAUUCUUUGGUCAAGUUUUAUGCAAGAAGCUUGUAAGAGUACUGUAUAGACCUAGACAUUUUCUCUUGAUUAACAGUUGCUGGGAAGCGUUUGCGAGGUGAUAAGGAUGAAUGUCUGGCAGUAUCAUGUAGCAUGAAAAGGUCUUCUUAAGAUUUGAAUGCCCAUAUUUUACGUAUUUUUGUUCAGGUUAUAUACCAGUAAUAUAAGUGACGGUGCGUAACUGAGCGUAAAUAGUUAUUGCCACCAUCAGUAUUUAUCAUAGCAUCAUUUAUAGUUUGUGAACAUUUGACUAUUUCAUGUACUGGGCCUUACACAUACUCUUAAGAUAGCCUAUACACAGUGAAUUAUGUUAUUCGCAUGAGGGUGCAAUGAAGUUCCUUUUCACAAUCACUUGUAUGUCAUACAAGAUUGAUUCUUCAUUAGAAAGCUUCUUAAACUAACAUGGUCUGAUUUCAUUCUUUCUAAUGUCUCAAACUCUUACAUAGAGCUCUCAUCUUUUCAGCCUAGAUCUCUUCAUAAUAUCCCCAAUGCUUUGAGUCACAAGAUGCAGAUGAAAUUGCUGCUAGGCCCAGUCUGAUCAUUGUGUUUGUGCUGCAUUUUUACGCUGAUGGCAGAUGACGUCUUUGCGUAUAUUUGUUGUCGAGUCGGGUGUGAAGAUAGUGAGUAUCGCCAUUUUCUUUGGAGCAUGGUUUAUAAAAAAUUUAAAAAUUUUGGGAAAAUAUGGUUUUGAUAAUUACUUAAUUGGGAACAUGGUUUUAAACAAUUAUUGACAUUUCCCUUGAAAUAUAGUUUAUGAUGACUUCAAGGCACUGAAGAUGAGCUGUGCUUUUUCCCCUUACCUGACUAAGUAGAACAUAAUAUAUCCAUUAAAACACGUUUAUAUAUACUGUACAUAUGGAAACUAUUCAUUUAUGCAAUUAGUUUCAUAUAUAACAGUUCAUAGAUAUGGAUUUGUCACAGAAAAUAAAUGCCUAUAAUUUUUCAUUAAUUGUGCCAUUUAUUAAUUUUUUGUUGUAAUUGGACAUGAUAUAAUUGACUGUGUGUGUUUCACAGCUAUCAUUCUGGCAUGCCUUAAGUAGGCGGAGCACCUAGUCUCCUGCCGGUGUUGUUGUUGAAUGAGAUUGUAGACAAAUACAUUGUAAAAAUAUAGAUGGCUGAUGGAGGCUGUAUCGCAUGAAGGUGUGUAUGAAAUGCAAGAAAUAAAUUGCAAUUAUUGAUUAAUCAUAGUAGUUUGCAACUUCAGGUUUGUACAAAGGAAUUAGUUAUUGAGUUGGAAUGGAUGACUGUUAUUAAUAUGUUUUUCCCUGUUGCUUAUGUUAUUUGCAUUCCUAAUGCAGCCAAAUUACUGCAUUUCUUUUUUUCAGCUAAUUGCAAUUUGUUAUUUAAUCUGAAAAAGAAAUUAAGGAGAAAUGACCAUGUUUUGCAUUUUACUGUAGAAACCAGCAAGUUGCUUGGGUUUAUUUAUUACCGAUGUGUGUAGAUAUAUCUGUAUAUAAAUCAUGUGGUUGAUACUGUACCGUAGCAUCUGUUUUUUUUCCUUUUUUUUUUUCUUUUUUUUUAAUAUUUACUGUGAUGACGGUGGGUGUCCUUCGUGAUGGUGUCAAGGCACAAGUUUCUGAACCCUUGGGGCUGCUAGUUUACUUUGUAACUCUUUAACCCCCCUUCUGAAGAAACUGAUUACAAAAUUUUUAAUCUUGCAAAGUGAGAUUGAAAUCUUUGACAUUUUUUAUUAUUUUUUUUUGAAUAUUAUAUUAGAAGAAUUUAUUUAUGAAUAUAAUUGAUAGUUUCUAAAGCGGUGGAGUUUUCAGUGACUUUGUCAAUUCCUUUAUCAUAUGGGUUCAUUUGGAAUUAGUGUGUAGAAAGAGCACUUUUAUUAGCCCAAGUUUACUAGUUCUUCCAAAGCAUGAUGUGAGCAGCACGAUGUGAUGAAUGUAUGUGGAGGUGGCGAUGUGUUGCUCAAGUGAGCGUUUGGUAGAUGCUGCUUCUUUAGAGUCGCCGUUGAGCACAAUAUGGAAUCCAAACUUGACAUGGCUUCUUGCGAGUUGCCUUUGAGCACGAUGUGGAAUCCAAAAUUGACCUUGCUUCCUGCGAGUUGCCAUGUGCAUGAUGUGGACUCCAAAAUUUGAGUCUAUGACCUCUCUCUUUGUGACACUUGUAUAAAAAAACAAAAACACAAUUAUUCUAUGCAAGAAAUGUGCUACAUUUAAAAAUUUCUGGUGAAUAGUUUGUGCGCGCUCAAUUACUGUCAGCGAGGGGGUGUGGUUGGAUAGGCCUUUAUUCAGAUAUCCUAGAUUUGUUAUUAGAGCAGUUAGGUUUUAUGAUUUGUCUAUUUAUGUUAAAUUUACUUUAAAAGUUUUAUGGAUAAAAUAUAAUUAUAAGCACUUGCAAUGUAACUGUCAGUUCCUUAAUAUUAUGUUUUUUUUUAUAGAGUAUAUUAUUUUUUAUUUAUCUUUAGUUAUCCAGAUUGAUUACAGUAAUAUUUGAAAUUUUACUGAUAAAGAGUUCAUAAAUGUUCCAAGUAUUUAUUUUUAAAGAAAAUCUAGACCAGUAGGCUACUGUCAAGUAGUUGAAGUUUUGGCAAUUUUCUAGAUUAGGGGCUAGGUAGGACACGUCACUUGUAUCAUGACUGAAAGCAUAUUUGUUUUAAAUUGGCCAAGCGUAGAUCAAUUUUUCAGGUAACAAACCACUUGUCCUUGGGUGUCCAUGGAAGCUCUACUGUGCUGAUUGUGUGUGUGUGUGUGUGUGUGUGUUGGGGGGGAGGAGGGAUGGCACGAGGUCCAGCUUUGGUGCCCCCUGCUUCUUGGUCAAUGAUUGGUGCAAUGACCCUUAACACAUUUAUACUGUCAUGAUCACAUUUAAAUCUAUGAAUGGAAUCUGCUUCCAGUUUUUUUUUUCCCCAAAUGGUUACUGCUCAUGCACUGAAGGAAUUCUUCUUGGUUAAUCUAACUCUUCUGUGUGUUUGAGCUUCUUGCCGUAUUAUUCUAUCCUACCCGUAAUAAAUGUGAUGGCCUUGUCCACUUCAACAUUACAUUGGAUUAAUUUAUUCUAUAUUUCUAGCCAGAAUGCCUCAGGAUUUUGACAUGGCUGUUUUUUUCUCUCGAAUGUUUUUGGAGUAGUCUCAAAUGCUUCAUCAUACUAACUUGAAACAAUGUAGACUAUACUGAAUAAUACGAGAAAUGUCUUUCCUAUUGAUAUUGGGUAAUGUAGCCCCAUGGAACCUUUUUAAAAAGUUUCAUAAACAAUAUAUGGUGUGAUAACUUGAAAGUUUAUCAGUUAUAGUUACUUGAGAGUUUAUCAGUUAGUUAGCCACAAGUCGCUUUUUUUUUUUAGAAUGAUCUUGACCUUUGUACUGCAUUAUUUAUUAGUAUUUCAAAAUACACCUGUACAGUAUUAUUGCUUGUCCUCCUACACUGCUAACUGCACUGUCGUAUUGCCAUCCUAGGUGACCUGUCCCUGUUAUCUUUCUCCUAUUGCUGUAAUAGGAAUUGGGAAACAUCUCUGGCUUGGAAACUCGUGGGCACUUGAUGGAACAGACUAACAUCUGUUAGAAUUGUUCCACUUGACAUGUACUCAUUUUGUGGAAUGUCCCGAUUUUGUUUUCCUGUGACUUCUAUACUCCAUGUCUCUUGAUAAAAUCCUGAGUGAAUGUGAUAACCAUACUGGCUUAGCACUGAUACUUACGUUUCCAUCUUAUGCUGGUCAUUUUAUUAUAAAAUUCUAUUGGAUUUUUCCCUCUCAACCAUUGUCUUUUUACAAACAUUAUUCUCUUCGGAUGCUUCACCUGCCUCUGACUCCAUUACGUUGUUAGGUAUGGAAAUCAAGAGGCACAUGACCAUUAAAUCAGUACUUUUAUAUUUCCUGUCUUAAAUUUGGGGACAACAUUUGCAGAUGUGUGAUAUCUCCAUUCUCCAGCAGAGCUGAAUGACAAACUUGACCCAGUACUUGGUCUUGUCUAAAUUUAAUCAUUCUUUCCUUCUCUGUCUCGAGUAUAAAUGUUCGUUAUUGGUUGCAUUGGUUCUCAGGAGUUUUUUAGUAUCCAUGUUGGGACUGUGGACGACUGUCUUCGACAUAUUGUCUGGCCCACUGCCUUCGAUAUAUAUUUAGUUGCUUAUUUACUUUCUCUCCCAUUUCCUGUAUUCACUCUUGUACUCCACUCUUCUCUUGGAUUGUUUGACACUUUAUAACCAUAUACUUCUCUGGUCCCAUGUCGGGUAGCGAUGUUGGCUUAAUCGUGAUUGCGUCUGAAUAUUUUGUCAAGCUGUGUGUAGAAUUUUUUGUUCUCCACGAGUUUUUAAAGUUUGAAUUGCCAGGGGUUGUGUGUGUUACCAAUUUUUUCAUGAUAUGGAUGUGUAGUAGUUGAGGCUGGCUUUGAUUACUACAUUAAGAAUUGUACUUGCAUUAUAUUUAGUUCUGGUGCACUGAUUUCCUGCUAUUCUGUUAAGCUUCCUCUCUGUCCAUUUUUUUUUUAUCCUUGGCAUUUUAAGCUGUGGAUUGCCUGUGUUUCUAGUCUGCUUUCUUCAGAAAUGGGAUUAAUCUUUCUGUGCUAUCUGUAUUUCAUGGUGGAUUCAUAUACAGUAUAUAUCAUAUGCUGUUUUAUUAUCUAGUUCCUCAAAUCCUUCUAUUCAGGAAUGUUAUUAAUUUUGUGUGCUUUCCUCUGGUAUGCUAGUCAUCUUUUAAUUUGUUCAACUCGCAUUUCUUUCGUCAGUUUGAUUUAUUUUGUCAAGACAUUGAUUGCUGGCUCCAAAGGGUUUCUUAAUCUUAAACUCUUCAGGGCCAAUUUAUUUUGAAUGUUAGCUUUGCUGGUAUGUCUGCUUCUCAUUGUCAUGCUUAUCUUUGAAUGUUAUGGUUAGCUUUGCUGAUGUGUAUGCAACUCAUUCCCAUUGUCUUUUCAUUCUGGUUGAGGAGAUUCCUUUCUGCUGUCUUCACCUCUCGUGAGGGUGGGUUACGUGGGCAUGAUAGUGGUGAGGUGGGGCUUUGAGGUGGGAGGGAUGUUCGAGUUUCUGUGAGGGGUGGUGAGAUAGCAUAGUGGGUGGGUGGGGAGUUUGUAGAAGUUGGGUUACACUUAUGUUAAAUUUAAUGGGAUGCCACUCUCUCUUUCUCUCUGUCUCCAUUCUUUCUCUCUCUCUCUCUCUCUACUCUCUUUUCUCUCACAGAUCUAUGUAUGGUAUUAAAUGUUUAUUACUGGUUUUCAGUUGAAUUAUUUUAGAAAUAUUAGGAAUAGCUAUUAAUAUAGCUUUUGCACAAGUUUAGGGCUGAAGUUUUAUUAUGGCUUUGAUAUUUAUUCAUUUGUGUGUUCAGUGAAUGUUAUAAUUUUACAUGGCGUGUUUCAAGCUGCAGUUAAAAAUCCACACAUCAGUUCCAACAAUUUUGCUGAAAAUUGGCUAUAGUGGGUUGCUUUAGACCCAAAAAACUAUUUUGAGUUCUUGCUCAAUAAGUUAUUUAGUUACUAGCAAGGCUAUUAGUAUUUCUGAUGGAAGAUUUUUUUUUUAGUGAUUUGACAAUCUAUCAAUGUAUUUACUUGAAAUUUUCUAGUUUGAGCAAAAUGUAUUGUAUUCACUGAAGUGUAUUUAUCCAGUUAGAAAAUUUCAUUUCAUUGCCUUAUUAUAUGUUUAAAGGUUACAAGAUAUACAUUGGUUGAUGCAUUGUGUAUUGUCUCUGUCAUCUCUCCUCAUUUUUGUCGCCAUUCACUUUCUGGUUUAGUCUCAUUAUUUUUGGGUUAUAGAAUUUGAGUAAGUUAGGGAUGAUUUCUCAUCUCUAAAGCCAUGUUGGUGUUUUUGUUUCGUUUCGGGGGUCCAAUGGGGGUGGUAGCAAAGGGGGAUGAAGAUUUGAAAUACUGGAAAUAGGUUGAGGAUGGAGUAGAAGUGUGAUAGAAAGAUCAGUGACGUUCCCACUUUGGAAUUGUAAUCGUUGUUACUGUGGUGUAGGGGAAGAGUGACGUGCUUGGUUGGUACAGGCACGUAAUCUUGUGGAGGGGUGGUGUAAGUUCUUGAAUUGUUCCAUAGAAUUCUUUAUUCAAUUUUGUUUGAAUUUUCUUUCUUUCCUGCAGUUACUUUUUCGAUUUCUCCAUCUUCCGUUUUUCGGCUUGACUUCUCGUCAUGUAACUGAAGGCGGCGUCAUCACACUCUGGGUAAAUUUGGUAGUUUUUUGUGUUAUUAAUGUCUGGGUGAGGAAUGCUAAUAUCAAAGAACGUUCAGAUUUGAUUGGCUGGAAUUGUCCACAUCUUCUUAUAAAUUGGAUCUUUUGCCCAUGCUAGCUUGUACUCCUGGUUGUAGAUCCAUUUUCUGGUGUACUAGUACUUGCAAUUCUUUGGUUCAUUUUUUCUUUAAGUUCUUUGAAGAUGUCUUAGGUGUCUUAGUUUUGAUAUUUGGUUAUUAGGUUCGAGGUGGUAGCAGUAGCAGAGUCAUUCAUGACAUUCACUGAUUCAUCUGUCAAGGAGUCGGAUGGUUCUUUCUAAAGAAUUGACAGGUGUUGGUUACAACUGUGGCAGUUGUAGCUGUCAUGUGAUCUGAGCUUGUGCUGUAGCCAUUGAGGUUGCAGGAGUAUCCAUAGGUAGUGGUGCAGGAGCUAAAGGUUCAGUAAAUGGUGUUGCAGAAUCAGAAGGUUUUACAUUAAGGGUUGUCGGAGGUACAAUCAGUGUUGUAGGAACAUGCUGUUGUAGUUGCAGGAAGCCAGUCAUCUGGUAUAAUGACGGCAUUCCAUUUCCAGUAUGGAGACUGUUGAUGGACGUGGCGAACAAGCUCAGGUCUGAGCCGGCUGUCCUGUCCACAAGGUGAAGUAGUACUAAAACUGUAGUAUUUGCAGAGUUGGUUGAUGGUUGCACUGGUGGUUGUAGUUGAGUAUUUCCUACGCAAACAGUAGGCUGCUGAAGUGUGGACGCACUGCAACCCUGUAAAAUUGGGAAUGAAGCUGCUUGCUUGCUUGUUUGUUGAAGGAGGCUGGAGAUCUUGUUGAUGGGUGGGUCGUUGCAUAUACUUAUACGGCCUCGUAUUUAUUUACAUACCUCAUCUUUAGGUAUUUAAUCUUGUACAAUGAAACUGCAAUAUUAUGAUGGAAUAGAAUUCGCAUCCUCUGGACUCCCCAGACACACACUACCCACUGAUCGUGAUGAUCUUAAAAGCAUCACGACCAGAAGUCCUAUCCUAUCUCGCUACUUCAGUAUUUUCUUAGAUCAUGUUAUUGUGAUUUUAAUUGUGCAUUGAUUGGAUGAAAGUUGGGGAACAUCACUAUUUAUUCCCAAGUGUGGGGAGGUAUAUUGUAAAAUUUGGAGUGUGGUAUCAGCAGGUUCCUUCUGAACUCAAUCCAAGUUUGGUAGAACAUCUGGUUGAUAUAAUUUUAAGAUCAUCACAGUCCUGUGGGUGGUAUGUGUCUGUGAAGUUCGGAGAUGCAAGUUCUAUCCCAUUACAUUGCCUGAAUAUUUUUCUAAAUCUAAAUUGCAAUGGAUGCGUGUCGGUGACACUAAUCUAUAGUCAAGUGCCUCCUCCUUAUCCCGUUUCUUGUACUGUAUACUGGUAUCACAUUUGCCAUUUUCCAGCAGCUGUGGAAAAAAAAAAUAUCCCUUCACAAUUGAAUCAUUAAAGUUGAGUUAGAAGUAUACCGUGUGCCUGGGCAGCUUCUUUAAACAUCCAUAAUGAUAAGUGUCUGUGUAUGUGCAUGCAUGUAUACCAUUUGUUGUACCAUCCAUUUUAUUUAAAAUUCGAAUGUGUUUGCAGUGAAGGGCAAAAACAAAUACAAGUAAUUCAUAAUAGUGAUAAAUGACAAAACGCUCGGAGUCGGAAUUCUUGGCGAGCCAGAGGGGCUCGGGUUCCAAUUAGUCUGGCCGAGCAUGGUUGUAGUGUACGCGUGUGUGUGUGUGUGUGUGUGUGUAUUUGAUGGAAUAAAAAAAAGGAGAGAAUUAACAUGUUUGGAGUUGUAGCUAAUGGGGGAGAGAACUGGUGACACUAGGGGAGUCAAAGCACGAGAAGUUCGACGAGGCUGUAUUUAAAACCCUCUCACCCCUUGAGUCAUUUAGUAAUUUUUUAUAUUUUGAUUUUUUUUUGUAUUUCGUGCAAUUUUUAGCUACAUUUUAAACUAUAUGGGAAAGAAAUCGGUCAACUGUUAAGUCUUUCUCUCUCUCUCUCUCUCUCUUUAAUUUUGAGAAAAUCUUGCAAUAAUGGCAUGUUGCCAACUAGUAUAUUGUUUUGUAAUUUUUUUCUAAGAAAACAUAACAUAAUCAAAGUAAUUAAAUGCAAGUCAUUGAAUAAUAUUUAGUAACACAAUUAAACAGAUAUUGAGGAUUUUUGGCACUGCAUUUUGAGCGGGAAAUUCAAAUCUCAAAACCGCCAUUUUUUAGGUUUUUCAUAUCACUUGAUUUUCAUCAAAUUUAGGUGAAAUUUUCAUACAAUACACAACCCAGCAGGCUAUAUAUUUGAUUUUUUUAUAUAUAUAUAUAGAUUUUAUAGGUAAAAACUUCAAAAGUUUUUACAUUCAUGAUUUUUUUUAUUAUUAGGAAACAAAAAUUAGAAAUAACCCCAAUUACAACUAUAGAACUGUGUGUGGUCUUUCCAGUGAUACUAUUAGAAUGACUCUGCAGUAAUAUUUGUAUAUCUGAAACGGGUUUAAAAAAUAAAAAGUCUUUAAAAUAUAUUGUUUAUUAUUUAUUUGAUUUUUUUCUUUUGUUUUAAACCUUAAUUUUUAAAUAACUAACUGGUUUAUGUUUGUGACUGAAAACAUUGUUCUGAAGUUGACUCUGGGCCUUUUUUGCCAGUGCCACUUACUUGCCCAUGCCACUCUCCUGUGCCCCACACAGCCAUACCAAUACAUUGUGGUUUUUAGGCAGUAGCCAAAUUCUUUAAAGAUAUGCAUUUUGUAUAAAUUUCACCAAAACGAACUUGGCAACCUCACCUAACGUCAAUUGGCUGAUCAAUCCGCAAUACUGUACUGUACUGAAUAACGUAAGUAGAAUUCUAUCGUCAUUAGUAAUGCGAAUAAUCAUUCAAACAUGUCGAUAUCAAUUUUUUUUUUAAUUCCAUUCCGAGACUGCUAAAAUUAAAAAAAAUUCUAGGAUAUGACAAUCUUUGCUCAUAAGUCCAAGUUUAACAGUGCAUAAAGUGCACAACAUGCUCUUUAUAGCGAUAUUUUACUUCCAACGCAUACUGCAAUGUUACUAUGCAUAGUAAUGUGUUAAAUUUGUUAUAGUUUUUAAGCUAACGAGUUGUACUUUAUGAUGGUAUUUUAAAAAAUGUAAUAAAAGGAAAAGGAACGUUAGAAUUAGCCGACAUGACGGUUGAAAAUGAUUAAGGUCAUCAUCGGAACGUUCUGGCAUUUUGAGCAAAUGAUUGUAGGGGGUCACAAAAACGAUAAAAGGAUUAAGUAAAAUCACAGUUUGGUAUAAAAUUAUUAUGACAUUCUCUUGAUAAUUAUUUCAUAACAUGAGAUAUUCAAGAACUGAAAUUUAUAAACAAUGCUCACUAAAUAAUAAAAUGGGAAUAUAAUAAUGAGCUUCCAAAUGUAAAUGCAUAAUUAAACACUCCCUAUUGUAAAUGAAACUAAAAAUUUAUUUCUAUAACGCUGCAUAGUCUUUCCGACUUGGCACCUUCUUUUGAUAGUUACGCGAGUUAUAUAACGCAUUUUCCACUUGUGUUGCAUUGUCUUUGAUGGUACUAUAUAUGAUGACAAAUAAAAAAAAAAUGCUUGCCAUCUUCAGAAAACGGUUGUUACUAAAUUGGAAUGUUAUACAAAUUUAAUGUUAACAGUUAUACUGAAUAAUUUCAGAGUUAUGCUUGGAAUGAUGCCUAUUGGAGUUAAAACGAAUACAAAAUAAUUGCCCUGAAUGCCAUGAAACUAAUUUUUAAUUGGUUUAUGCCUUUUAUUGGUUCCCAUGACUGAUAACCCAGACAUAACCUAUAGUGUUAAAUGAAACUGGAUGCUACUAAUUAGUAGAAUCAUACUUUUUUUAAGAGGGCAGAUGGUAGAAAAACAUUACAUAUUUUUCCCCAAAAUAACAUGGAAGAUUUGCUUUAUAAUCUUAAACAAAAAUGAUCCAUUUUGAGUGUGUAAUUAACCCUCUCGUAGGUUUUUAUUAUCCUCGAUCCCUCGGCUUUUAAUGUGUGUAAACUGUGUUCUUAAUUUAAGUGUUAACAAAUUUGCAUCACUUUAUGUAAAUAAUACAUUUCUAAAUAUAAUAUUAUUUGAACAAGUUGUUUGUUUUAAAUUUGCUAUAGUUUUAAUAAUUUUUAGUUUGUUUGACACAUUACAGUAUCUAGAUACAGAAAACUACAUGGUCUUUAAAAUCUAUAAAUCCUCUGCAUGUUUACAUCUGUGAUGUGUUCCUAAAUAUCAGGAUGUGAAAAAUUUUGUGAAUCAAGGCUAUUUUUCCCAUAAGAUUUAAAAUUAUAAUAUAAUUUGGAGUUUGUGUGUGCACGUGCAUGCAUGUGCAUUUUGAAGCUUUGUGAGGGGGGGGGUGACUUGGCCAAGUUAUUCAUAUAGGCAGGACUGCAUUUUUAUUGGAGGGAGAGUUUUAUGGUAUUUACUUCUCUUUAUGUAGACAUAUUUGGAUAGCUCUCCUCUCUUUCUGAUGGUAAAACUCCGUACAAGUGACAAAGAGAUUUUGUUGUUUUCUUUUUAACUUCAUUCCAUCAUUAAAAAUAUGAUUUUUAUCUGCAUUUUUUCAGUUUUGGAGUUGAGAAUUGUUCAAACUUCCAUUUUGGUAUUAUUUUCUUCCUCAUCUUAUCAUUGUUGUUCCAGGAAUUGCAAUUUUUGCUUGCUAGGACUAUGUAUAACAGUCAAGCAAGUCUCCAUUUAGUUCUUCAAAUCCAACAUUUUGAGCAACUUGAACAAUAGACAUAAUUACUCCAAAACUCCCUGACUAUUGCCCUGUGUGUGGACUAUAUUACACUGUUGAGCUGAUUCAGUAUCCUACAAAUGUAGUAACCAUUGAAUGCUUUAAUGACUCCUUGGUCUGUGUGGAAAUAAUGGCGGUGUAUUUGGUGGGAAAAAUGCAUCUCUUACAUUAUCAUUAUGAUCAUCUGGGGGGCAGGUGGGGGAGGGGCAGGUGUAUUUUCCAUGCUUAGUCAAGUUUUGUUGUCCUGGUUGAUUAUUGGCAGAGUAAUCGUUCACGAACUUGGAAAAAUACGAAAUGAACCAGUCUAGGAACAAAUCCCCUGUCUCCCACAUCUUGCCAUUUACUUGCCAAAUAACGGAAAUUAUCAAAUCUGUGUGUAACAGAAAUUUUGCUUUGAAUAGCCAUUCAAAGCUUUUGGACACACUUGACUAGUAAACCAGUAAGAGCUCAAGCUUUAAAUUUUCCACAGCAUUGCCACUGAGCAUUAGCUUUAGGCAGUAUUUAGCAACUUUGAAACUUUGAGUUUGUUUCCCACAAUGUUCAUUCUGUAUAACCUUUGUUUCUAAUUUAAGUUUUUCAUCAUUGCAGUUACUACUUUCAAUGAUAUCUUGUAAUAUCCGAGGGUAUCGUGUCACAGCUUCCUAGUCUACAUUUACUGUUGCACCAGUGAUUUUAUAUUAUGCAGGUUGCAACGAUGCUUAAGAUGCUCAAACCACCCAUUGCUUGCUGUGAGGUGUAUUAGAGUUGUACACUCACAUCUUCUUUCUUUAAUGAAAUAAUGACAGUGCUUUGUUAUCAUCAUCAAGAAGCUUAUGAGCAUAUUCUUGCCUACAUGAUCUUGAAUCGAAAUGCUUCAACAAUUUCCAAUUUUUUUCAAAACCAAAUGUCUACCUUUUAUAAUUACUCUUUAAAGCCCUUAUUGGUGGGGGUCACACAUUUAGCACUUACCAGUGUUCUAAAUAAUUAUCUGCACAGUUGUAGGUGUCAGGCCAAGAGCAGAGGCAAUCUUUGAUUCACACACUGAUGUAUCAGACCAAUAUAACACUUGCAUUUUCACCUCUAAACUGAUGGUUUCCUCGUUCUUUGGUUUUGAGGUGCCACUAACACUUGAUGGACAUUUUUCCGCUUGUGUUUGCCGAGGGUUACUAGAUUUCUACAGCUUUAUACGUAAAAUUAAUUCAUUAUCACUCAUUAAAUGAGCGAGUACUGUAUAUCCACAAUGGCAACAUGAAUGCUGAGGAAGCAUGAGUAUGGUUCUCUGUGCCUCAGGAGUCCUAUCAUAAUGAAAACAAUUUAGUUUUUCCCUUUAAAUUUCAAACUUUAUUUUAUUAAAAGAUAGUGUACAAGAUUUAAGUUUGGAAAUUAAAAAGUGGUCGUAAAACUUCACUGUAUGUAAGUCGAGAGGCCAUAAAUUACGGGACUACAGUUUGUGAAUGGUCUUCAGAUAAUCAGAAAGUUCUCCGAAUCAUCAUCUCGUCUGAUAUUCUGACUUCUGCUUAACGGGCAUUUACUAUACCGUAUAUAUAUAAUUUACUUGUAUAUGUGAGAUAAUGUGUAUGUGUAUACAUAGUGACACCUUGGAGUAUUUAGCAUUUCAUGAUACUCAUGGGAUAUGACCUAUGUAAUCAAUAGGCAGAUAGAUUGUGAUAUGUCUUGCAAAGACACAAUGGCUAGCAAUGUUCGUCCUUCACAUAGUGCUGUUAUUCAUAUUUAAUUAGACUAAGGUGUCAAGCAUCACUUAGCUUAACAGUUUAAUAUAUACUAUAGUGUAUCUUUUUGGGAGUUACCUUAACUGGCGUGUGCCCCAAGUCUCGAAGAAUUGACAGUCACUUUGAGCGGAUUACAUAAUCCUAUCUUUCGUGUAUGUACUCUUAUUUAUUUUCUUACCAGUUGAAUAAUAUUAACAUUUUCCUUUUUUUGCAAAGGUAUUCAUGGAAUUCCUAUGUAUAUAUUGCCUGUUUUUUUUUUAAUUACUGUAAUUACAAUAUGAAAAGCAGCACCUACCUUUCAAUAGAAAUGUCUGCAACUUUAUGUAUAAGGAGCUUUAUUGCUCAAAGUGGCUGAUUGUUUGCCUCCAGAAAGUAUCAUUAUAAUUUGUCAAGUUGUAUAUAAUGCUUGAUGCAACUUAAUUGCAAUGGAAAAUGUUUUGGCUGUACCAUGGGGGGAGGGGACAUGGGGUCCCGUUUCCCUUGCAUCAAACGGUUGUGCCUUUUUGUGAAUGAAUAAUGUUUGUAAAUGUCUUGUAUACAUUGUUUAUUGUCAUUUUUUUUUAAUGCAUAGCAAUACUAGAGUCUACUUGCUGUUCCCUUAAUUUUGAAAUAUAAAUUAAUGACAAAAUGGUGUACUGUAGUUUUCUAUAAAAUCAUACAUUAUAUUUUCAUAAAUCUGAAGUAGCCCAUAGAUUGUAAAAUAUUCUGUAGGUACAUUUGUUUUGGAAAUUGAAUUGACUUUUCAGUUACUGUACUGUACUUUUCAUGUUUAUCUACUUGGGUAAAGGAAUACCUAUUAGUGUAUCUUCAUUAUUAAUAAUAAUAAUGUAUUUUGUCGUGUUGCUAAAGCUUGCAUAUCAUUAAUUAACUGGGAAUUUUAAUAGUCAUUAGGCCAUAGUUUUGUAUGCUCAUGCCCCAUACCUGCUGACUAAAAGAAUGUCACGAAUAUUUUAUACAGCAGGGCGAUAAAUGUUAAAUAAUCCUACAAAUCCUAUCUUUAACCACUCCCUUUCCUUUAAUGGUGUUUCUUCUUCGUCCUCUCCUGUGAGCAUUAAUCAUAUCAUUAUUUACUAAGACCACGUGUAAGUCAUGGUAUCGCUCCCUGCCUGUCUUGACACCCGAGCUGUUUUAUAUACUGAUAAGUUAUCUUGCAAGUGGCGUGGUCAAGGAGUUUUCUUAAGAAAGGAUGACUGUUACGAACAAUUCUAUAUUUGUUACUGUGCUUUUUUUAAGUUCAAUUUAAUAUAGAUAAGUCAUGAUAGUGUAAAAAGCUGCAGAAAAACUUGAGAACUAAUGAAUACUAUGAAAAUUUGAAAUACUAAUGCAAAAAAAAAUAAGAGAAGUAAAAUGUAUGCAGUUUUGUAUAUGCAAAAUGAUUUGGCUCUAUAUAUAAUAUUUUUUAUGUGUUGUGGUUAAUAUGUGAAUGACGUAGUUUAUGUAUACAAUGUGUGUGUGUUUGUAUGCAAGAAAUAUAAAAUGCUUCUUUACAUAUUUAUAUUUUUAGGUAACUGUAUAUUGUUCAUGAAUAUACUGUUAUAAAAAUAUACAAUGCAAGGUGUCUGUUAAAUCAGUAAAAUUGUGGGUUCAACUGCAGGCUUGUUAAUGUAAGACAUUAUAUAAUCUGGUUUAGUUCUUUUUGUGAAUAGUCUUUUGUUAUAUUUGCUCCAUUAACAAGAAUUUCAUUAAUAACAACUAAAUGAACAAAUCCACAAGGGCCGUGAUGCAUCAUUUUAUUUGAUGCAUCACGCAAUUGUGAUUUCUGUGUGUAGUGUAAUAAUAACUACUUUAUUAAAGACGUUUUAAAGUGCAUUUUUACAUUAUGUGUUGACUAUGGCAGAUGUUAUCUAUUAGGCUGACUUUAGCAGUGCAACGGUCAGCACAGUUGUCUCACAGUCAGGUGGACUUGGGUCAAUUUCUGGGCAGAAUGAGACAUUUGUCCCAUGUUUCCUUAUAGCUGAUUCCCCCUGUUCGCCAGGCAGUAAACAGGUACCCGGGCAUCAGGUAACUGUCAAGGAUCAAAUCCUGGGGAAAGGCGAGUCGUUGGCUUUGGAGGAAGGGGGAGGGGCUCGAUAAACCUAACAGUGGGAAGCCAAACUAGCUACAGAUAAUAAGUGCUUAAGACUGUAUCCAGUAUUAUGAUGUUAAAAGACUGGAGAUGCUGAAAGAUGAUCAUAAUGAAAUUUUCACCCAGAUAAGGGAUGGACUUUUCAGACCUCAUUAGGUUUAUUGGUGCCAAUAUAUAAUAUAAUAUAUAUAAUGUGUGAGUGUAUUUGUAUUCAUUUAGUUAAGUUUCAUCAUACAAAAGGGCAAGACUUGCAAUCAGUCCAUACAUAUUAGUAAUUAUGAAUGAGAGAAAAAACAGGUGCAUAUUUUGAAUGAAUUUUAAUUUUGAUUUAACUCUUUAAAACUGCUAAACUUUUGAAGAGUCCUACAAACAGGUGUGUAUGGAAUAAAAGGCGUUGAACACCUAUAAGGAUCAGUCACAUAUUGAAAUUGGUGUGCAGGAAGAAAUCACAGAUUGUGAUUGGAACAGUAUAAGGGUUAAUAAGAUUGGAGCAGAGUAAGGGUUAAUAAAAUUGGAGCAGAGUAAGGGGUUAACAAGAUUGGAGCAGGACAAAUUCCGCAAAGUACUGGGAUGAUUAAGAGUCACAGACUUUUUGAAAAGAAUAUAGUAAUGAGAAACUCCAAUGGGAUGAACCAGAAACGUUAAAAAUAUUGCAUGAUUGUUACUAACGUGUUUGGGUGUCUGGCGAAUGCAUAACAAAUUGUGUAAUAAUAUAUUAAACAUGGAUUGUGUUGUGUAAUUACACUAGAAAGUACAAUUGUAAUGACUAUAUUAAUUGUGAAGUUAUGUAUUCGGUUGGUGUACAUUGAUGUCCAAGUAUAAGAUAAAUUUAAAUUCAAAUUGGACUAUGAAUGACGCAUGUUCAUAUGGUAUGAACGAUGAAGUGCUGAUGAAUGUUGGAGGUAAUGGGUUCAGGAUUUUAUUUAUUAAAUUUGUGUCUCAAUAAUUGCAGUAAUAUUGUGAACGUAAAAUUUGUUAUUGCAGCUCAAAUUACGACCGAUAAAAAUAGUUGUCUUACUGUAGAAAAAAAUAGUGUACAUGUUAAUGGAAUUAUAAAAUAUAAUUUUCAAUGGUUGUAAAUCUUCUAUUGAUGUGUCAGCUUAAAAGAAAAAUAAUUUAAACUUUCUGAACAUGUUAUUUUUUCAGAAAUGGAUACCUGUAUUGACAUAAUAUUUAAAGGAGCGACUUUUUAUAUUGUAUAAUAAUGCUGUUGUUUAUUUGUAGGAAUAAAGGGUAAGAAAUGGUUACUGCCUGUAGUGGCUAAAAUUAAUUGUGUAUUACUUACUUCUGAAGUUAGUUACUAGAUGAUUUCACAUGAAAUGGAAGAAAUGUUUUAACUACAUUUUGCGAUAAUAUUUUUUUGAAAUGUGUAUAUUUUGUUUCAUUAAAUUCAGUUUUAAUGAAAAACAUCUACAUUUACAGGUAGACAAUUGAAAAUGUGGAUGAUGCAGAAAAAAACGAGUUUCAAAAAAUCUCAGGCAAUGAGAUUUAACAGGUUUUUGUGCUAAAAGAAUAGAUACCUUUGAAGACCUUGAUAUGAUGAGCUUGGACGUUCAAUUACUUUAUAAAAGAAUGCAUCAAUUUUGCUAGGCAUCAAUAUUUUAUAAAUUAAGCUGCAUUUACGAUAUAAAAUAAUGCGACAAUUUUCCUAGGCUUCAGUAUUACAUCCACAGCUUACGGGUUCUUGCUUUUUAGAUCUUAUGAUAUGUGUUGCAUCUAUUAUUUAAUAGUUACAAAUUUCUUAAAGAUCAUGACGACUUAACUUAAUUGUUUUUUAAUGUCUAUGCAAGAAGUAAUUCAUGUGUGAUUAGCCUCUCUCGAAUUAACCCUUAAAAGGUGGUUAUCAUCAUGUGUUGAUCCCUGGGGUAAUGUGUUAUCAGAUGUAGUUUUUAUUUAUCACCCGAUAUUCAAAUUACAUGUUUGUUUAUAAUACAUCUGAGUGGAUAUAACGGAGAUAACCUAGACCCAUGGAAAAAAAUCUGGUAUAAUUUUUAACUGCAGACAAUGAGUCGCAAUAACGUGACUGAAGAUAUGAUGACCAAUCCACACAUCAGAAGAUGAAGAUAUGAUGAAGAUGUCUCUUCAUCUUCUGGUGUAUGGUUUGGUCAUCAUUUUUAAAUACCUAAGUUAGAAGAGAUCAUCUUGUACUACCAGCAAGGUGAUAAUCAUCAAAUCACAACUUGUUGUUUUUCCAGAUUGUUUGAAAGUGCUGUACUGUAUAUAUUAACAUUACCAGACAGAAUAGCAGCAAAGGGGGUUGCAGGACCCAGCCUUGAAGUUGUGCCAGGAACAGCUUUGCAUGUAAUGUGUGUGCAUGUUACAUUGCAUGCCCUUAGUUAUGGCCUUAUUUAAUGCAUUAUGUCUUCUGUUUGAUUUAAGUUAGCUGGUGGUUUAAUUGGGAAUAUCAGAGUUGUUUUUUGUCAGUGUUAAUGAAUUGUUUUCUAGUGGCUUCCUCAGAAAAAAGGGUUCCUAAUGCAAGUAAGGAUUUUGUAAUAAAUAGAAAUCCAGAUACGUAUAAAUGCAGCUGCUAGUGUGACUGCAUUCAUUUGUGCGUGCGUGCGUGUGUGUGUGUAUAUGCAUUCAAUGUUUUCAUGACUUUUUUUUUUUGGCAUAGGUAAUGUUUGUAAAUACAUAUAGGCCAUUCCAAUCACAGUUAAUUUUUGCCAAGCAGCAGCAGCACCUCUACAUGACCAACACAGUGAGCGGUACCUCAGGCUUUGCAUUACGCCUUUGUCACCUUUAUGUCCCGAGUGACGUGUUUUUUAAUUAACUUUAUGUUAAUAGCUGUAUAGCAUUCAUAGAAUACAUAAUAAAAGCAUCAGCAUGUUAGUAAGGAGUAUGGUUAAUUUAGAAUGAAGAAAAUUUAAGCAAGUUAUGCUGUUGGUGUCAUGAGAUUUAUUAUGUGAAAUUUGAAGGUUUUUAAGCUGAAUUUGUAAGCUUAAUCAAUUUACUGAUUACAAUUAGAGAUGAAGCUCUUAAAUUUUUGUAAUUGUGCUUUGUAUCUUGAACACAAUUUUUGCAAACCUUCAUUCUUUGUUAACUGAAAUGUAUAUAUAAAAAUUUGGCAUGUCAAUUUAUUGAAUUAUAUCACGUAUUAAAUAUCUUCUUUCAUUCUUUGGAAAUUACCAGGACUGUUGUAGUACCAAUUCUUUUGCUAAUUACUUAUUCCUAUUCCAGUACUACAAUAAGUAAGUUUUUGGAUUUAUCUUGAUAUAAAUUGGAAAAAAGAAAGCAUUCAAAUUAUAUAUUACAGAUGUGCAAAUAGAGGAUUGUAGUAAUAUGUAAAUUCUGCCAUGCAUGUGAAUCCCACGUGAGGGCUGGCCGAUUGUGAUCUGGGUGGCUUCUGUGCGAUAUGGUACUUUUACUUUCCUGGCACUUGGAAUCGGGCAUUUUACCAAGAGAAGUGUUUGGGAUUAAUUUCAAAGAUAGUGUUUUGAUUCUGGAUAUUUAAAUUUAUAGAAGCAUUUAUUAAUUUGAAAAAAUGAAGUGUAGGUCAUGUCAGUUCUGUGCUCGGGAACAGAGUGAAUUUGAAUAGUACGGUAUCUAUACUCCAAGCAUGCUCUGGCAUUAAAGGUAUUUUACAACUGUUGCACGCGCAAGUUUUUGUUCUGUCAUUUUCUCGUCUUGCAUCAUUAACUGCUCGAUUAACCAUAAACUAAAUCGGCCACUUUAGUUAUCGUUACUUAAAGUUUGCUUAUAUUUUCCAUGAUCAGCCAUAAUUACAAUGUGCUUUAUUGAGUGAGAUAUUCAAAGCAUUGUUGUCAAAGUGUAUUCUUGUAGAGAGAUUGUUUCACUGUUAUGGGAAAGACAAAUGAGAUGCACUGGAUAAUGUAUAUAUUGUAUAAUGUCCAAGCCUGUAGUUCCCCUCCAGCUGUGUUGGGAAAGGCGGAAUUGUACGGAGGCUGGUGACAUUACUUUUCCUACCAUGAAUAUUGUUGUGUGUGAACUACUUUUGUUAUUAUUUUAUGUAUAUGCCAAUAAAGGUAUAUGCUAAA